AGGGACGGAGCAGACGUUGGCCGCCCGCCAUUGGUCCGCCGAUAUCUCUUUUUCCCUCUCUCUCCUUUUCUGCUUAAGUUCCCGUCCACGAGAGCAGGUAGUAGUAGCUACUAGUAGCUAGCAAGUCGGCCAGCACGCUCGCUCGCUCGCAGCAGUCGCUAGCCAGACAGCAUUGGCGCCGGCCCGCGCGUGCGCGCCAUGGAGGAGGCGAGGCAAAGGCGGCGGCUGUGCCUGUGCCUGCUGGUGGCGGCCGUGAGCUGGGCGCUGCUGGCGGCGGUGGCGCGGUGCGACCCGCAGGUGCCGUGCUACUUCAUCUUCGGCGACUCGCUGGUGGACAACGGCAACAACAACUACAUCGUGUCGCUGGCGCGCGCCAACUACCCGCCCUACGGCAUCGACUUCGCCGCCGGCCCGUCGGGGCGCUUCACCAACGGACUCACCACCGUCGAUGUCAUCGCUCAACUUCUGGGUUUCGACAACUUCAUCCCGCCGUUCGCCGCAACGAGCGCGGACCAGCUCCUGGGCGGCGCCAACUUCGCCUCCGCCGCCGCCGGCAUCCGCGCCGAGACCGGCCAGCAGCUGGGCGGGCGGAUCCCGUUCGCGGGGCAGGUGCAGAACUACCAGACGGCGGUGCAGACGCUGGUGAGCAUCCUGGGCGACCAGGACACGGCGUCGGACCACCUGAGCCGGUGCAUCUUCAGCGUGGGCAUGGGCAGCAACGACUACCUCAACAACUACUUCAUGCCGGCCUUCUACAACACGGGCAGCCGGUACACCCCGGAGCAGUUCGCCGACUCGCUCAUCGCCGACUACCGCCGCCACCUGCGGGUGCUGUACAACUACGGCGCGCGCAAGGUGGUGAUGAUCGGGGUCGGCCAGGUCGGGUGCAGCCCCAACGAGCUGGCCCGCUACAGCGCCGACGGCGUCACCUGCGUCGACCGCAUCGACGACGCCAUCCAGAUGUUCAACCGCCGCCUCGUCGGCCUCGUCGACGAGUUCAACGCGCUCCCAGGCGCGCACUUCACCUUCAUCAACGCAUACAACAUCUUCGACGACAUCCUCGCCAACGCCGCCUCCUACGGGUUCACGGUGACCAACGCCGGGUGCUGCGGGGUGGGCAGGAACAACGGGCAGGUGACGUGCCUGCCGUACCAGGCGCCGUGCGCCAACAGGGACCAGCACAUCUUCUGGGACGCCUUCCACCCGUCGGAGGCGGCCAACAUCAUCGUCGGCCGCCGGUCCUACCGCGCCGAGUCGCCCAACGACGUCUACCCGAUGGACAUCAGCACGCUCGCCUCCAUCUGAUUCUGAUUCUCAUCCCUCCAUAAAUAUAAACAUAAAAAUAUAUGAUAUAAUCCACCCACCACUGCGCAAAGGCUGCAAUAUUAAACAGGGCUCCAAGAGGAGGUAGCCGUGCAAUUCUUUCCUGUGUACAAGCUCGCGCCUUAUCUGUAAUUUUUCAUGCUUUCAUACAUUUGCAUCGGGUACUUAGAAAA